AAGGCACUUGGGCCUCCCCCUAACCUCUUCCUCUCUCGAAAUCCCCAGUAAAUAAUUCCAAAAUCGUCGCGCGAAUUAUUGCAGAGAGACUCUCGUUAUUCGUAAAUGAAUUUCGAGUUUAUCUGCGUUGAAAGAGUCUUAAAAUCGAUAGCCAGUGGGGAUUAAGUUAAGAGGCGCACGCGUUGGGGAACACCUGGUUCUGACGCACAUCAAUUCGCAUGGUUGGGUAAUUGCACGAGUGCCUCAUUGUUCGGGUGAUCCUCGGGAGAAUAAAAAGCCAGUGGAAUUCGUCAGAGAAGAAUAAAAUACGUCGAGGGAAUAAAAAGCCAGUGCUGGAGCGCCUGGGGGAACUCAUAGGCGGGGAUUCGAGGUUCUGGGGGACUGAGGGACUUUUGGGGACUGGGAUUCAUCGAUGGCUUGCAAGAGUCGAGCUAGAGUGUACCUGGGGUAUGAGGAUGAGUUUGUCACUGAGAAACAUCGGUCUCUGGUGAAUUUUGCGACGAACAAGAUCGGGGGGAAACCGGACUUCCCAAUAAACGAGAAUUCCCUCUCGCCCCCGACAUGUCGCCUCUGCGGGCUGAAUCAACUGCUGGCCCUCCAGCUGUACGCACCCCUGGAGAGCUCUCGCUACCACAGAACCCUGUACAUCUUCACCUGCAUAAACCCCAACUGCUGGAACCAGCACGACAGUUGGACCUGCUUGCGCGUGCAGUUCCUCGAGGAGAAGAGUAUCAAGACGACUGAGACAGCCCCAGUGCCCACGCCACCCACCACGAGCUGGCUAUCAGGUGCUGACGACUGGGGAGACGAUGGGAAUGACAACAGUUCAGAGCAGAAUGGCAACAACAUGAACGACUCGACCAAGUUGAAUCUGUUCAUGAAUACUGGGGAUAUUGAUGAGGAGUUGAACGAGGAUCUGUCGAACAUGAGGGUUGACGAUCCCAAUGCUAAUAGUCCGGCCAGUGUGGAGAGUCCAGUGGGAGGUGGAGCUGUGGGGAGAUUGGAUUCGCCUCAGGCAUCAGCGGAGAUCGAGGGUGAGGAAUCAGAAGUCGUCUGCAUUGACACCCCCACGCAGCCCCAGUGCAACCUCAUGGACCUCCUCCAGGAAGUCACGCACAACCCCUUCCAGCAUCACGACCCAAAUGCCCCAGUCAACCUGACAUUCACCGAAGUAUUCAUGUGGGUGGAGGAGGAGGACCUCUCGGUCGACGUCUCUCAACACGAGAGGGACCUCGCCAGGGAGUACCAGAUGCACCUCCCCGAGUCCGAGGGGGCGGAGGAGAUGAGGGGAAUGGACACGAAUCCCGAGGUGUACGAAAAAAGCGUUCCUAAACAUGGGGACGAGAUGUUCCAUCAUUUCAAGUGCAGAAUACAGAAGAAUCCGGGACAGUUGAUCAGGUACUGCAGAGAUAAUUCAGCAGCCCUCCUCCUCACCCCCCUGAGCUCCUCGGGCUUCUGCAGACACUGCGGUGGCGAAAGAAUCUUCGAGGUACAAGUUCUUCCAACGAUAAUUCCAAAGCUGAAGCUCUCUCCAAGCAUCGACCGCAACUUCCAGCUGGAGUUCGGCACAGUCCUAGUCUUCACGUGCUCCAGGAGCUGUUGGUCACCCAGCGAUGCAUUCAAGGAGGAGCACGUGGUCGUCCAGGCCGAGAGACUCUAGUUUAAUUAUUACUCGAGGGAUAAAGAAUUCAGCAUUCCAAAAUGUAGAACUUCCAUGAAUUCUUUUGAUUUGCAUUAGGAGUCCGUCCGCUAGACGCAUUUGCUUUCAAAAGUGGCAGGAAGGUGAAACACUCACUGGCAGAAAGAAAAAAGAGGCAGCUUCUGGGGAAUGACUCAAACGUAAUGAUUACCAAGUGCUCUAAAAUGAAAAAUUAUAGCCCGAGAGGGGAAUUCUCCGUUCCAAAGAUUUUUUAUUUUUUUGCGAGCAAGAGCAUCUGAUUUCCAGCACUCGCAGGGCUAUUAUGGUCCCGAGAAAUUUGUGUGAAUGCAGUAAAUCAAUUUUUUAAUAGAAUAACAAUGAUGUGAUAGCAAAUCUGUGACUUAUCUUGGUAAUCUUGGCUUCCUCGUCGCUUUUCUUUCUCUCAGGGUGAUACGAAUGUGUAAUUACCUUGGUAAUGAGUAGAUUCAGUGGAUUUUGAGGUGAGGUUUACACCGAAAAAAAAAAAGUUUUUGUUUGUUAGGAAAAAAACCAUUAAAUUCAAUUAUUUUUGAUAAUCAAAGAACGAAAAUUUUUGAUCAUAUUCAAAAAUCUAUUUUUAAAAACGUUGGGAAUGUUUUAAGUUGAUCUUCUAAGUUGAUUUUUCGAUGCAAAUUUAAUUCUUUACAAAAAAAGUCUUUUGACAUUUUCCCCUAAAUCCCCUCGUUAUCACGAUAAUUAAACAAUUGUUGUAACACGUUUCACCACUUCACUAUGACUUGAAGUACAACAGUUGAACUGUGUCCUUAAUUCAUCAACUAACAGAGACGGAGAUCAAUUAUCUGAUGGGAUUGAAUAUAAU